AUGACCACUUUUAAUAUUAGGCAUCUUCCAGGCACACAGCUACAACUUAGAGUUGGGAUUCACACAGGUAUGUUUAUCAGCCUUAUAAUCUGAACAGUAUCACGUUCUUCAAGUUUGAGUUAUGUUGCUAUCAGAGCUGUUUUCUCUGACUGGACAUUUUCAGUUCUCACACAUUUCUGAAAGUAAUGUUCUUUAAGUACAUUCCUUCAGCUGUGGCAAUAAAAGCUGUUUUACCUCAGUUGUAAUAUUGUGCAAAUCAACCCUGUUUUGUUUGUCUUUCUUUUAUUUUAGGUUUUGUGGUUGCUGGUGUAGUUGGCCUCAAAAUGCCAAGGUAUUGUCUUUUUGGUGAUACAGUUAACUAUGCCUCUCGAAUGGAGUCUUCAGGGUUUGGUAAGUUAUUAUAUUGUCUGUUAAUUUUUGCUUAUAGAAAUAGAAUUAAAAGCAUUUGGUAACAUAUCGGCAUCUUGAGACCUGUGGUUUGGUUAAACAACAAUGGUUGAUAAUCAAUUUGAAGAAACGACAGCCAAACUUUACAGUUCUCUCAAGCAGUCAUCAAUUUCACUCAUCUCAGAGUGUGUGAAUUGUCAAUGAUUUACACUUGCACCAAGCUUGUUUUGUGUUCUUCUUUCUAUUAGUGUGUGUUUGUUUGUGUAAGUUAUAUAUGUAACUUAUUUGAUAAAAUUAAUUUCCUUUUGUUAGUGAAUAAUAUUAUGCCAUGCAGGGUGGCACUAAAGUUUCCAGGAAAGACCCAUAUCCCACCCCAUCAAUUCUUUCCGCCUUGAGUUAUUGAGAAUGUAUCAUAGACCUCAACAAAUUACACCUGGCCCCAAAUGUGCAAAGGCUGGAAUGUAUUAUUUACUGCUUGGGAUAGAAAUUUAGCCUGUGGAUUUUUGAACAACUUGGGCCUUAAAAAAAGGAAAAAUUGAUAGAAUGAAAUUAAUGGAGACAUAAUAACAAAUUAUAUUAUUUUAUGAUUUCAUAUGCUUUUCAAACAACAAUAUCAAUACAUAAUUUUUAUUGACAAGUGUCUUUAUAUGUGACCUUUUGCAUCCAUUACAAAUAUUUUCAAAAUUAAAAUUCAUUGUAAUGCAAAGAAUGAUAACCUACAAUAAUUCUCUUAUUUAGCACUUUGCAUUCAUGUGAGCCCUGAAUGCAGAGAAGUUCUUGAACAACUUGGUGGUUAUCAUUUGGAGGAACGGGUGAAGUGGAAAUGAAGGUACUAGUAAAGGCUACAAUCACAAAGCAAUAGAUUUUAUUUCUUCAGUUACAGAUCUUUGAUAACAUCAGAAUACUAGUAGUAGUAACUACUACCACUACCACUACCACUACUACUACUACUACUAGAUUAUUAUUAUGGUAAUUAUUGCAUGAUUACGUAUUAGUGUUGACCACAUAUACUUUAGGAGGUCUCAGUUUUCAAUGAACAGCUGUACAAUGCAAAAUGGAAUUAACAUGACCAGGAUCAUUACAGUGCUUUUUUGUUGUUUUUGUUUGUUUGUUGUAAGUUUUCCUCAUCAAAGGUACCGGUUCCUAAACAAUUGUGUCAGUGAUUACUUGCCAAAAUAAUCUAGCAUGUCAUUCUUAUUUUCAAAGCUUCUGAAGACAAGACUGACAAACCUUCUACUUUAUCCUCAGGGAAAAGGGAAGAUAUUCACCUACUGGCUAAGGGGCGAGAUGGAUUUGACAAACCCCUUCCUGACCUUAACUUACAAGCUGGGAUGGAUGAGCAUGCAUUCAAGUAG